GUUUUUAUGACAUUUAAAAAUUUUGACACUUUUGUCUCGCCUCCAGUUCUUCUUUUUGGGCGAAAAAAAAAAAUAUUUUUACAAAAAAAUACAAAAUGGAAAUUAUAGCAAAAUUAAAAGACCAGGGCUGGUACCUAUUAGAUGACGGUAUAAAAAAAUUACCGGAAGAUGUUGAUAAAUCUGACACAAGGAAAAUUAUUCAAGCCGCCAUGGAUAUGGAUUUUCGAGAAAUAGCAGGAGGUGCCUUACCAACUGAUCUAUCCAGAAAAGAUGAGGCUAUAUCAGGUCGCAUUGUGCUACAAAUAUCAAAAAUCCGUAAUAUAGCUGCGCCGAAAGCAGAUGAAGAAAACAAUUAUGCUCCAAGAUUGUUCCAGCUAGAGUUAACUGAUGGCGUCAAUCAAGUUCAAGCUUUAGAAAUUGAAUAUAUAUCAGCUUUAAGUUUCAAUACACCACCUGGAACAAAAAUUUAUUUAAAAUGUGAAAAAAUUCCAUUGAUGCAGGGUAUGUUAAUGCUAAAAUCCAAUGAUGUGCAAGUUUUAGGAGGACGUGUUGCUCAUUUGCUUGAAAAAUGGGAAAUGAGUAGAACAUUAUUGAAAUAUGCUAAAGGCGGCAGAGUAAUGAAUGGUGGCUCAUCAGGUCCACCUCCAUGGACCCCAUUUGGGCAGCGAAUUCAACAACAAAAUGUAAAUGCUGGAAAUGACAAAAACUUUAAAAGUCUUGCAGCUGCAAAUGAAAAAGAAGGCAAGGAAAAUAAUGAAUUCGUUGCAAUGAGAAAAGAAGCUAUAGCUGAAGCAGCAAAAGCUGGCUCAAAAAAGGUUUUUGGCGGUGGAAACCAACCUAUAGUAGAUCAUAAUGUCAAAAAAAUUUUAGAAAAAGGGUAUUCAGAAGAGGAAGCUAAAAACGCUUUACGAGCAACGCGGAAUAAUUUAGAGAGAGCUUUGUUUAAUUUAAAACGUCGAGAGGAAUCAAAGAAUAAAGAUGACUCCAAAAGUAGCGGUUACGAUAAGUCUAAAAGCGGUGUAACAAUCAAUGACCGAAGUAGUUUAAAUAGUAGUAAACGUGGCCCAAAUAGCAAUGCUCGUGACAACUUUUCUAACAAAAAAGGUGGGAAAGAUGAUGUGGUGCCUACAAAACCGGCUGGGAAUGUCUCUCUUUUUGAUUUCUUAACAGACAAACUGCCUUCUAAUUCAAAUGAAACAGAAAAAUCUUCAAUAAGCACUUCACAAAGUCAACAACACUUUGGUGGUUCAUCUUCAUCAAAUCAGCAACAUUCUCAACAAUCAUCAAGACAUGAAUCUCGAACUGAACGUAUUUCAAGGCCAUCUGAUUCAUAUAGCUCAUCAAAUUCAAGGCCAUCACAUUAUAACAACAGUAGUAAUAAUAGUAACUCUCAGCAACAACAAUCAUCGUAUACUGAAAGCAGAAAUCAAAAUAGCCAACAAAAUCAGCACCACAUUCCAAAUAGUCAAUCCAACAGAAAUUCAUUAGGACAAAAGUUCGAAAAUAAUUUGUCAUCAAGUUUUCAGGCUAAUCGGAAUUAUUCUCAGGAUAAUGAGAGACCCAGAAAUCGAAAUAACAGAGAAUCGACUGAGAGAUCUGGAUCUUCAAAUAAUGCUGGUUCAAAUCGAAACUAUCAAAACUCCUAUCAAGGGCGUAGCGGUGGAAAUUCUGGGAAUGAUCGUCAAUAUGAUGACCAAAACUCUGAACGUUAUUAUAACAGUAGAGAUCAAAGAAACAACACGUAUAAUCAACGAAAUACGAAAUCGCAACAAGGUAAUGAAAGGGAUAACAGAAGUGGAGGUAAUGAGCGUAACAAUUAUCAAACAUCCAGUACUAGUCAUUUUCAGUAUCAUCAACAUCAAAAUAACAGUGGAAGCAACUAUGAUAAUAACAGAAAUUCCAGAAAUGAUAAUCAAUCAUAUCGUAAUGGUUACGACAAUACACGAAACAGUGGUGCUAGUGGAAGUUAUCAGAAUAAAAAUAACCAUUCCCAAAUCUCUUCAUCACGAUAUUCUCAAAAAGAUAACACAACAAAUGCUUAUCAACAAAACCAAUCGCAAAGUCAAGGCCCCAACAAUGCAAGAAAUUAUUCAGACAACAGACAACAAUCUUAUCAUCAACAACAACAGUCAAAUCAAAAUUCAGAAGCAAAAGUAAAUAAAAUAAUUGAAGACACUUCAAAAUUGAAAAUAGAUCAGCCGCCUCAACACCAACAACAACAACCAUCACAACAGCAACAACAACAGCAACAGCAGCAUAGUCAAAAACCUCGUCAUAAUCAAAACGCGGGCUCUCAUCGUAACCAAAAUAUGACUUAUCAACAGCAACCACAACAACAUAUGGCAUCGCAACAUCAACCACAAAUAAUGACGGUUGUAUCACAUCAAGGACCACCACCAAAUCAACCGCAAAUCUCACAACACACUGUUCAAUCAAGUCAACAACAGCAACAUCCACAUUUCCAACCACCACCACAGGUUCAUUCAGCGCAGCAUUCCUUACAAACCAGCGCAUUCACCCAAAUUCCAAAUGGCUUUGCUUAUGAUCCCAAUAAAAUAAUGGGCUUCCAAAAUAAAGAGACUAAUGACUUUGCCAUGACAUUGCUAAAAAGUCAAGGAAUCCCAACUGCAUUAACGCCAACUACAGCUUUAGCUCCACCUCAGCCGCCUCAUCCACAUCCUUCAGUAACACCCACAGCAGCUCCUCAGUCAACCACUCCUCAUCCAGCUGCAGCAUAUCAAACAAUGCAAAUCGGUCAUCCCCCACCUCCGACCAUUAAUCAACAUUCAUUCGCUGCUCCAGGUCCUGCAUUUGUAAUGCAACCAACAAGUAUCGCACCUCCUCCACAAUUAGCAACGAUUGGACCACAAGUUGCUCAUACUCAUACAUCAGUUGCUGCUGGAAUAGCAGCAUCAUUGCAAGGUCCGCCUCAACAAAAUCCGGGAGCCCCAUAUAACAUGAAUCAUUGUGAAAGCUGGAAUUGGAAAAUUGGUGAUCGUUGUAUAGCAAAAUAUUGGGAUGACGGAAGAUAUUACGAAGCUGAAAUAACUGGAAUCUCUGACAAAACUUGUGUAGUUUUUUAUUUAGGCUAUGGAAAUCAUGAAGAAGUUUUAAAAACAGAUUGCUUGCCUAUUUCUGAUGCCCAGAUUCGUGCCAUUAACUUUGGAACAACAGCUGUUGGUGUUGCAAUACCACAACAACAACCACCUCCUGGAGCUGUUCAAUUAAGUGCAGCUUCACGUGGAUUGCCAAAUCGAUAUCGAAGUGAUCGGCAAAUGUAUGUACCACCACCAAAACGUGAUGGAUAAUCUCAAAAAAGAAUUAAAAAUUAAAGAUAAACUGAGAAUAUUUAAAUUUUAUUAUGAGAAAAAUGAAAAGUAAAAAGGAGUAGUAAAUAGUAAACACAACAUAAAACAAAAAAAAAAAAAAAAAAAAAAAAAAAACAGAACAAAGAUAAAAAGUAAUUGUUACACUUAAAAUAGUAUAGAGAUUUUGAAUAUUUUCAAGCAAGAAGUUUGUUUUUUAUUUUAUUUUCUUUCGCUAUAAAGUUUUAAAAACAUUCUUUGGAAAGAAAAAUUAAGUUGAAAAACUAAAAAUUUUUUUAUUUUUGUUUCUUAUAUAUAUAUAACGGUAUUAAAAUUUGUAUAAAAAUCUUUUAAUUGGCUAACAUAUUAUAUUGAACGAAAAAUUUAAAUUUCGUUAGACAGAAUUAUACAGAAUAAAUUGGAUUUUAUUUCUUCUUAAAAGCAAAAAUUUUUAUAACGAGCUUCUUGCAUUCUAUUAUUUCUUUCUCAAAAACAAAAAAUUUCUUUUGCAGCACUAGUAUUUAUUCCAAUAAGUAUUACAGAAAAAAAAAAGCAAAAUUAUCAUGAAAUAUUAAAACACAGUAUAUAUUGACGCAACAUUCAUAAAUAUAGUUUUCAGUUUACAUAGCAUGUACAUCUUUUAAAGGGAAUUUUUAAAGUCACUGAUAAAAAACAAGACUUAAUAAAGAAAAUUAAAUGCAAUUUUAUCGCUGGAAUAGUCUUUAUUAUUUGAGAAAAAAAAAAUUAUUUAAAAAAUAUCAGUUUCUUUGGAAGAAUUGUUAUGAAAUUUUUUCAUGUUAAUCAAAUAUACAAUAUCUUUUAAGAGUAAGACCCUCUCAAUAAAAUAAUGAUUAUUAACAAACUUUAAAAAUUUGAUAAAAUAACAAAAAAAAAAAAAGGAUUAAAAUGUUAUUUAAUUAAAAUAAGAUUUCUUUUUUUAAAUUGAAAAUACAAAAGAAAAAAAAAAUUAAAAAAAAAAUAAAUAUUUUUCUAGGCCCAUUUUUGUCAAAUUUUGCAAAUAAUUUUGAAUAUAUUCAAAUAUAUAUAUUAAUAAAAUCAAUAAUCAUUAAAAAAAAAAAACUUGAAAAAAAAAAACAAUUCAUGUCCUUAAAAAUGUUUA